AUGCAAAUAGAAUAUGUUAAACCAACGAAAAAUAUAUCCGUUGGAAUAUAUGGAUGGAGAAAACGUUGUUUAUACGGCCUUAUAAUUGUUUUAACAUUCGUUGUUUUUAUUAAUAUAUGUUUAACAUUUUGGUUAUCAGUUGCAUUGGGCCUCCAUUGGGGAAGUAUUGGACCAAUUUCAAUAUUUAAAAAUCAUGUUAUAUUUCGAUCACCAGUGGUACUUAAAGAUGGUCUCAUUGCAAGUAAAAUUUUUAGCGGUGAUCAGUCAUUCAGUAUUCAAUCAGAUAAAAGUGUUCAUAUUCAAAGUGGAUCAAAAACUAAACAUUCAGCAUUAACUAUUGAUAAACAAGGAAUUCAUGCUAAUUGUGAACAAUUUCAAAUAAAUGAUCGAACUGGUUCAAAACUCGUUGCUAUUGAUUCAUCACAAAUUCAAGUUUAUACUGAUGAUUUAUCAAUUGUUUCUGAGCAAAAACGUUUAGAACUUCCACAUUUAAUGACAAAUUCUAUUAGUUCAGAUAAAAAUUUAAGUCUAUCAGCAACUGAUGGUCGAUUAAUGUUAACAUCUAAUAGUGAUAUUGAUAUAUCAGCUCGGCAAACAUUAGAUUUAGUUGCUAAUGAUAUUAUAAUAAAAUCUCAUACGAUUCGUCUUCAAAAUGAACAUAUUUAUUUUGAAAAAUUACGUUUUUUUGAUCGUGCGAAAGGACCAGUUGUAGGUCGUAGUUCUCAAUCAUAUUCUGUAUGUAUUUGUGAAAAUGGUCUUGUUUUCGCUGCGAUUGAUUGUCGUCAACAUACAUUUGAUUGUCAUAAUAAUAAUAAUAAAAAAACGAUGGGAGAAUUGAUUGAAAUACAAGAAUUUGAAGCAUCAGAAGAUCGUAUAUGGUGUGUAUCAUGGAAUCCAACAGGAACAUUACUUGCAUCAUGUGGUUCAGACAAAAUAAUCAGACUUUGGGGACGUGAAGGAGAACGAAAUUGGGUAUGCAAAAGUUCAAUUAGUGAUGGCCAUACACGAUCUAUUCGUUCUGUAGCUUGGUCACUUUGUGGUAAUCGUCUUGCAUCAGCAGGUUUCGAUGCUAAAGUAACAAUAUGGGAGAGAGAUGGACAAGAUUUUGUUAUACAAACAAUAUUAGAAGGUCAUGAGAAUGAAGUUAAAGAUAUUGCUUUUUCUCGGAGUGGACUUUAUUUGGCAACUUGUGGACGAGAUAAAAGUGUUUGGAUUUGGGAAUAUAAUGAAGAUGAGAAUGAUUUUGCUUGUGCUGCAGUUUUAACAACACAUACACAAGAUGUUAAACAUCUAAAAUGGCAUCCACAAAAAGAUGUUUUAGCCUCAUGUAGUUAUGAUGAUACAAUUAAAAUGUUUAUCGAAGAUAAUGAUGAUUGGUCGUGUGCAUGUAGUUUAGAUUCUCAUACAUCAACAGUUUGGUCAUGUGAUUUUGAUGCUACUGGAAAACGACUUGUUUCAUGUAGUGAUGAUAAAACAGUUAAAAUAUGGCAAGCAUACGAGAAAAAUAAUCGAGAAGGUAUACGUUCAUCAAAUGGUAUCUAUCCAGUAUGGAAAUGUGUAUGUACUAUUAGUGGUUAUCAUACACAAACUAUUUAUGAUGUUAAAUGGUGUCCUUUGACUGGUUUGAUUGCUACAGCAUCUGGUGACAAUGGUAUAAGAAUUUUUCGUGAAGAAGAAUCAAAGCAAGCAGAUGCUCCACCAAGUUUUUCAUUAAUUGCAUCAAAUACUACUGCUCAUUUACAAGAUGUUAAUCGAAUAUCAUUCCAUCCAAAAGAACCUGGUUUAUUAGCAUCAUGUUCUGAUGAUGGUACAAUUAAACUAUGGCGUAUUGAAAUAAAAUCUUCCUGA